ACAUAUCCAGCCAUUAACCUUGUUCCUUCUGGAGACCGCCGACCUGAAGCAGCUUCAUAGAGGAAACAAAUCAGGAAGAACAGCCGAGGGCAGUGAGGGCGUGGGACGCCCUUGAUCCGCUUCGCCUGCGCGUGGAUGGACGAGGAGGGCAUGGAGUUUCUGCUUGAUGCGGUUGACAGGUUUCCCGUGCGGGAGGAGUUUGCUGAUAACAUUGAACAGCCAGAUCCGGUUCCUCUUCUGUAUUUGUUACAGAACGGGGGCGACGGAGAGCAAGGUGCUAUUGCAGCGAACAGUGGUUUUGGGGUGGCUCAGUUGGCCGGUGGAGAUGUCUCGCCCGACGAGCAGGGCGAUGCCAGGAGACGGCGAGCUUCGUCUCCGACGAGGUCUGCUCAGUCAACUGGCCGAGUUAAUCCAGAGGCCCCCGGCUGGACUAAAAGGUUGCGUCUUGGGAGUGCGCCACCAGACCGUGUGCCAUGCCCAUCCAGGAUGAUUGCUCUGGAGUUAACAAUCUGCAAAUAUGCGGAGCAACCGGACAAGAGCGUGAUGCGGCCUGAAUUAGGCCUCAGCUUUGACUCGUUGGAUGAGGCAUACGACUUCUACAAUCUUUAUUCCUAGGAGAUCGGCUUCGGAAUAAGAUAUGGGAAAAGCAGACUAAAUGCUCAAAGGAGAAAGACGAUGCAGGAAAUUGUUCGUGGAUGCUCGGUAAGUGCCAUCACACGUGCACGUAGGAUUAUUUUGUGGGCGCAUCGGAGCACGCGCACUUGACAAUUUUUUUUCUGUCUGGUUGUUUCCCUGGAGGGAAAACCGGAAGCAAAGAACAGCAGAUCAUGCCGAUGCGAGUGUCCAGCACUGAUUAGGUUGCUGCGAGCGUCAGACGACAGUUGGUACAUCACCGAGCACCGGGAAAAUCACAACCAUUCUCUGUCGCUGACUAUGGGUGAGAAGGUGCACUGGCCGUCACAUAAACACAUAGAUGUUUACACCAAGGAUCUGAUUAGGCAGCUAAGGGAAAACAAUGUCAAUUUGGGAAAGGUGUACAGCAUAAUUGGGAGUUUCUUCGGGUCUGUUGAGAAGGUGCCAUUCACAAAGAAGACACUCAGGAAUAUAUGUGGAAAGAUUAGCCGUGAACAAGCUGACGAUGAUGUCCGAAAAACGCUUGAAGUGUUUGCUGACAUACGCUCAAGGGAUCCAGGGUUCACCUAUGUGGUGCUGGCUGACAAGACAAGUAAGGUCAAAAUCUAAUGUGGGCGAAUGGCAGCAGCCGUAUGCAAUACAAAUUCUUUGGGGAUGUUGUAACGUUCGACACGAUGUACAGAACAAACCUGUAUGAUAUGCCAUUCAGCUUAUUUUUCGGAGUUAACAAUCAUUACCGGAGCAUCAUCCUGGCAGGGGUGUUAAUGCGCUAUGAGCAAGAAGAGAGCUUCGAGUGGGUUUUCACGGAAUUUCUUCGUAUGAUGGGCGGGCCUGCCCCCAGAACUAUACUCACAGUGUAGGGCGAUGGAGGUCGCGAUCAAGAAAACUUAUCCUGACACUGUCCACCGUUGGUGCAAGUGGCAUGUCCUCAAGAAGGCGAAGGAAACGCUGGGCCCACUAUACACGAAGAAGAGCGAUUUUCAGGCUGAAUUUCACAAGGUAGUGAAUCACAUGUUAACGGAAGAAGAGUCCGAAUCAGCUUGGGCAACGCUGCUGGAUAGGUACAACUUGAGGAGUCACGCCUACAUGACCCAAAUAUAUGAAACCCGGAGGAAAUGGGCCAAGCCAUAUUUCAGGGGUGUGUUCUGUGCAAAGAUGACAAGCACCCAACGCAGUGAGAGCGCAAACCACAUGCUGAAGUUGUCGUGGUUUUGUCACGGCAGAUGUCUUAGAGAAAGGACUUAGUCGUGGAGCCAUCACGACGGAUUAGCUUGAAGGGGUUAAAGCGGACACAAGGACGCAAGAGAGUUUAUACUAGUUCGGCCCCUUCGAUAAAGGUAAAAGCCUACAUCUAGUUGUUAUGGAAUUGAUAGGGUUUCGAUGACUAGGGAGCAAACAAGUUUCGCCUAUGUCUCGAGUUGUUGUCUGUUGUCCCUGAACCGCCACCGGGUCGUCCCCUUAUAUACACGGG